CCCCGUGACACCAUCAUAGAACCAUCUUCAUGCAGGCGGAUGUGCUCGUGUGCGACGGAAACUACGCUAACGACUCUGUAAACACAACGUAAACGCUACGACUUCCACCAACUUGACGUUAUAAUAGAUCAAUCAUGGGGAAGUCGUUCGCAAAUUUCAUGUGUAAGAAGGAUUUCCACCCUGCAUCGAAGUCAAAUAUCAAAAAGGUAUGGAUAGCAGAACAGAAACUGACCUUCGAAAAGAAGAAGCAAGAAGAUCUUAUGCAGUCGUAUAUGAAAGAGCAAGAUUGUUACAACAACAGGGUGUUGGUUGGGGAUGAUCGGGUUAAAAAUGGCCUCAAUUUCAUGUACGAGGCUCCACCUGGAGCAUCCAAAGAGGAAACAAAAGAGGAUGGUGAGGACGAGUACAAGUUUGAGUGGCAGAAGGGGGCUCCUCGAGAGAAAUAUGCCAAGGAUGACAUGAAUGUUAGAGAUCAGCCAUUUGGAAUCCAGGUGCGCAACGUGCGAUGCAUCAAGUGUCACAAAUGGGGCCAUGUGAACACAGACAGAGAGUGUCCUCUCUAUGGGCUGUCGGGGAUCAAUGCCAGCUCUGUGGCCUCAGAGGAAGCAGCAGGUCCGUCGAUGCACCCCUCUGAGUUAAUGGCGGAGAUGCGAAACAGUGGGUUUGCCCUGAAAAAAUGUGUUCUUGGUAGGAAUUCUACAGUUUGUGAUCCAUCGCAGGAAUAUGUUGCCAGCGAUGACGAGGAAGAUCCCGAAGUCGAAUUUCUGAAGUCAUUGACGACCAAGCAAAAGCAGAAGCUCCUUGGAAAACUUGAUCGGCUGGAAAAGCAAAAAAAGGCCAAGAAAAGGAAGAGCAAAAAACAGAAGAAGAAGAAGAGCAAAAGUAAACAAAAGAAAAAGCAUGAGAGUAGCGACAGCUCAAGUGACUCCUCCGAUAGCAGCAGCAGUGAUAGUGACUCAGAUUCAGACAGUCGUGGCAAGUUCAAGAGCCCAGAGAGAAAGAAGAACAAGAAAAAAGGUUCCUGUCGGGAUAACAGCUCUAAGAGCGAGCGGCGAGUCAAGAGUCAGAAAAGGGCCUCGUCUCCCAGAAGCAGGUCACCGAGCCCUCGCACCGGACACAAGCGGCGUGAAGAGCGCUCCGCAGAUUACAGGCAAACAAAGGCCGAGAGGGGCAGGAGCAGGAGUCCGAAUCGCAGCCCAGCGAACAAGAUCAAGCCGGAGGGAGGUCAAGAGAGAGAGGGGCUGGACAGCAGGGACGGGCAGAGAGCGAGCAGCUCCAGGCCCGCCACGGACUCAGGGAGGAGCGGCGAGAAAGGCAGGGAGGACAGAGGUGAAGACGGGCGACACAGCAGAGAUGAUGACAGGAACAGAAGCGGCACAGAUGGAAGGAGAGGCAGAGCAGCAGAUGGGAGGAGUAGAAGCAGGGAAAGGAGGAAGGAAAGGGAGGGCAGGGGAGGAAGUAGGAGUAGAGAGAGGAGAGAGAGAAGCCAAGACAGAACAAAAAGGAAGCACUGACUCGUUUGAAUUGGUUCCCUCUUUCAAUGUGGGAUAAAACGUGUUGAUUCUUUUUUUUUCUUUGCUAUGACUGUUCUAUGGUGUUGUUGGUAAUCAAAGUGUUCCCUCUCUUUUUUAAAUGGAAGAUAUUGUGCAGUAGGUCUCCUUUUUCUCCAGCAGAGGGAAGCAGUCGAUAGAAAAUGUACCCAGCUCAUGUGUUUUCCUCUAUCCGUUAAAGGGUCUAAAUUAAUUGAUUAACAUUUGAGGCAAUUUGCAGCUGUGAUCCGUUGAUGUGAAAAUAUUGGAUGAAUUUUUAAUGGCCGCUAGAAAGACUCAAUUCUGUCACUGCUGUUGAUUUUUUUAUUUUUUUUAUUUUGGUAGUGUAAUUACAAAAUAUCCAUGUCGUAAAGUGUUCUGUUUUGAGCUGAUAGCUAAAAGCUAAAAUUCUGAUUAAAAUUCUAAUCAUCUCAAUCAAAAAAA